CCGGUGCAAGCUCCGGGACAGCAGCCGAGGACGCCGGGGUCCCGGAGCCAACAGGCCUGUGAACCGACUCAGGAGAGAAUAUUUUCAAUUGCGAUGGCGUCCCCUCCAAAAUCUAUGGUGUUUGGUGGAUUCAGACAGAGCUGGUUUAGUAGAUUUGUGAUCUUGAGGAAGAGGCUCAACCUCUCUGAGCUUGUAUCUCCUCGUCUGCAAAGCAGGACUCCCUAGUAACGAUAACCUCUAACGUUCUUGAAGCGCGUUUCCCGUGCCAGGUUCCGGGAGAAGCACUUAGCAUGCAUUAGAGCGCAUGCCAUUUAGGAGGCCAUUGGAGAGAUGGGGAAACUGAGGCUGAAAGAGGCGAGGAGGUUUGGGGCUGGGAUCCUGAAGACCUGGAUGCAAGAUUCCGGCCCCCUGGGGGAGUGGGCUGAGGCCAGGCCUGGCUCCUCUCCUUCUGCAAAGUCUAGGAUGUCUACCACCCUAGGGGCCCAGACAGGGAUCCCCACUGGCAGCGGGGAGCCGUCCUCCGCGCCCCCCGACUACGAAGAUGAGUUUCUCCGCUACCUGUGGCGCGAUUAUCUGUACCCCAAGCAGUAUGAGUGGGUCCUCAUCGCAGCCUACGUGGCUGUGUUCCUCGUGGCCCUGGUGGGCAACACGCUGGUCUGCCUGGCCGUGUGGCGGAACCACCACAUGAGGACGGUCACCAACUACUUCAUUGUCAACCUGUCCCUGGCCGACGUGCUGGUGACAGCCAUCUGCCUGCCAGCCAGCCUGCUGGUGGACAUUACCGAGUCCUGGCUCUUCGGCCACGCCCUUUGCAAGGUCAUCCCCUACCUACAGGCAGUGUCUGUGUCCGUGGCAGUGCUGACCCUCAGCUUCAUCGCCCUGGACCGCUGGUAUGCCAUCUGCCACCCGCUGAUGUUCAAGAGCACUGCCCGGCGUGCCCGUGGCUCCAUCCUGGGCAUCUGGGCCGUGUCCCUGGCCGUCAUGGUGCCCCAGGCCGCUGUCAUGGAAUGCAGCAGCGUGCUGCCGGAGCUAGCCAACCGCACCCAGCUCUUCUCUGUCUGUGACGAGCGCUGGGCAGAUGAGCUCUACCCCAAGAUCUACCACAGCUGCUUCUUCAUUGUCACCUACCUGGCCCCGCUGGGCCUCAUGGCCAUGGCCUAUUUCCAGAUCUUUCGCAAGCUGUGGGGCCGCCAGAUCCCGGGCACCACCUCGGCCUUGGUGCGGAACUGGAAGCGGCCCUCGGAGCAGUCGGAGGACCAGGGGCAGGGCCCAAGCAUGGAGCCCCCGCCCCGGGCCCGGGCCUUCCUGGCAGAGGUGAAGCAGAUGCGCGCGCGCAGGAAGACGGCCAAGAUGCUGAUGGUAGUUCUGCUGGUCUUCGCCCUCUGCUACCUGCCCAUCAGCGUCCUCAACGUCCUCAAGAGGGUGUUUGGGAUGUUCCGCCAAGCCAGCGACCGAGAAGCCGUCUAUGCCUGCUUCACCUUCUCCCACUGGCUGGUGUAUGCCAACAGCGCCGCCAACCCUAUCAUCUACAACUUCCUCAGUGGCAAGUUCCGGGAGCAGUUUAAGGCCGCCUUCUCCUGCUGCCUGCCUGGCCUGGCACCCUGCGGCUCUCUGAAGGCCCCCAGCCCCUGCUCCUCUGCCAGCCACAAGUCCUCGUCCUUGCAGAGCCGAUGCUCCAUCUCCAAAAUCUCGGAGCACGUGGUGCUCACUAGCGUCACCACAGUGCUCCCCUGAACGGGGGCUGCCCUGGCGGCUCCAGGAGGUGUAACCCGUUCCCUGCCUGGGCAGUUCCAGGAGGUGGAUGCCAUGCCCUGCCUGUCUGCUCUUCUGGCCCUGGGGGGUCUGCCCCACCCCUGUGAGGGCAGGCAGCUGCGCUGUGGUGGGAAGACUGCUGGAUGGAGAGGGAAGCCUGCGCUCCAGUCCGUUUCCUGCCUGUGUGACUCUGGGCAAGCCACGUCCCUUCUCUGAGCUUGUGUCUUCAGCAGGGCCGAGAGGUUCAGGCAUGCUCGAGAACGUGGAAAGCUCCUUAUAAAGCGCUGGGGACGUGAUUAUCAUCGAGGCUUCUCACUUGGCCAUACCCCACAGUACCAUCCAUCUACAUUAUCUUUCAAGAACUUGGCCUUCCUCCCAAAGACCCCUCUUCUGCCCAAUUAUAGGCCUUCCCUGGAGUCUGCUGUGAAGGUCCCAACAGGCAUUUCCUUCUGGUCCAGUGGCUCUCUAAAACCCAGGGCUGCACUGGGCCAGCCACUCCGAUGCCUGCAUAAGCUAACCUGGGCCCAGCCCCUCUCCAGUGGGAACCCAGGCACAGCCCCACCUAUACCAGAUGCCCGAGUGCAUGCACCAUAGACUGCAGCCUGUUGGCUUCGCGGUGUGAUAAAACACUCUGUGCAGCCAUUUGGCAUGGAGGCCAGCAGCCCAAAGCAAUUGUAAUUAAAAGCCUGGCACUGAA